CUUCAGCAAGGCCACCAACUAUAUAUAACAUGACCUUGAUAUUGUCGUUGUCGUAGUCAUGGUUCGAAUAUUGCCCUUCUAUCGCCAACUGUCUGCGUUGGUGCCACUCGAGUCGUUUGAUCAUGACCUCGAACCUCAUUUCCCGCUUCCUUCCCGCCAACAGUACUACCUCGCCCUCCAUCUAUGAAACCAUACAGCAGCACGACGAGAAUUCAGACUCUGAUCUUGAGGAACGGGCGGGGAUGGCGCUUGAUGAGGAAAAUCUUGGAGGCCCGUACGAAGACUACGAGCUAGAGGAAGCGUUAGCAACGGCCACAGACACCCACUCCACUACCCAAAGCACACCAUUAUUUCUUCACCGGAAUCCCCGAGAGACUCCUCAAGGUUUCCUGGGAAGUCCCAAAACUCCUCGUAAAUCUGACCGCCAUAAAUGGCGCUUGUCACCUCCCAGACCGGUGGAAGACGAUAGAGAUGACGAUGACGUUCCUGCUUCGUUGCUGGUGGAAGGGGAUGACGAUGACGUUGGCCCACAAGACCUCGCUCCCCCGCCUCCCCAUGCUCCUCCCAGCCGGAAUAUCCACGAUAAUGAUGAGCCUCUUCUGGGACCAUCGACGCGAGAGACUCGAAACCACUGGGAUAGGGUGAAAACACAUCAGCCAAUACAUCCUAUACCCCCUAGGAUAGUUCCCGUUCCCACUCAAGCUGGUGGCCAACGUCGUGGAGGUCUAGCAUUUGUUGACCCAAAAGAAAAAGCUAUGUGGAGAUGGGCAAAUGUGGAGAAUUUGGAUAACUUCCUGGCAGAUGUUUAUGAUUACUUUUUAGGGAAUGGGAUAAAAUCCAUCCUCUUGAGCCGGGUUUUGAACCUUUUGACCCUAGCGUUCGUAGUCGGUUUUACAGUCUUCCUUACCAACUGCAUUGAUUAUGGACGGGUACCCCAUGGUAAGACCAUGUCGGAUAUAGUCGUACCCCAGUGCGUCCGGAAGAUGUCCGCUUCCUCGACCUUCCUCCUCUGGCUGUUUUCCAUUUUCUGGAUUUAUCAAGCUGUUCGAUACGUUCUAGAUCUACGACGACUCUAUCACUUGCACGAUUUUUACCACUAUCUCCUAGGUAUAUCGGAUACAGAUAUUCAAACAAUAUCAUGGCAAGAAAUCGUGAGUCGACUGAUGGCGCUACGCGAUUCAAAUCCGUCAACCGCAGGAGCUGUGUCUGCAAAACAUAGGAAAUUUUUGGGUAGCCAAUCAAAGCAACGAAUGGACGCCCAUGACAUCGCCAACCGUUUGAUGAGAAAGGACAAUUAUCUUAUUGCGCUUUUCAAUAAAGAUAUCUUGGAUCUGACCCUUCCGAUUCCGUUUCUCAGAAACCGUCAACUUUUCUCACGGACUCUAGAAUGGAAUCUCCACUUUUGUAUUUUGGAUUAUGUGUUCAAUGAUCAGGGUCAGGUCAGAACCUUAUUUCUCAAGGACACCCAUCGGAAGGCUUUAAGUGACGGAUUAAGAAGACGAUUUCUGAUUAGUGGACUUUUAAAUAUAUUUAUUGCCCCUUUUUUUCUCAUCUACUUUAUGAUGCAUUAUUUCUUCCGCUAUUUCAACGAAUAUCAAAAAAAUCCUUCCCAAAUUGGCUCCCGCCAAUAUACCCCUUUGGCGGAGUGGAAAUUUCGUGAAUUCAACGAGCUGCAACACCUAUUUCAACGACGAAUCAACAUGUCAUACCCAUUUGCGACCCGAUACAUUGACCAGUUCCCGAAAGACAAGACCGUCCAGAUAUCACGCUUUGUAGGUUUUAUUGCCGGUGCAUUGGCAUCAGUUCUUGCGCUGGCUUCUGUUGUCGAUCCGGAGCUUUUCCUUGGUUUCGAAAUAACCCAUGAUCGAACUGUACUCUUCUAUCUCGGUGUGCUGGGCACAGUGUGGGCAGUCGCACGAGGAAUCGUACCGGAAGAGACCCUAGUCUUCGAUCCUGAAUUUGCGUUACGAGAGGUGAUAGACUUCACUCAUUACCAACCAGCGCAUUGGCAGGGAAAACUGCAUAGUGACGAAGUAAGAACGGAGUUUGCAAUGCUGUACCAAAUGAAAGUGCUCAUUUUCCUGGAAGAACUUCUCAGCAUGAUCUUCAUUCCAUUUGUGUUGUGGUUCAGCCUGCCAAAGUGCAGUGACCGCCUGAUCGACUUUUUCCGCGAAUUCACGGUACAUGUGGAUGGACUUGGUUAUGUGUGUUCAUUUGCUGUGUUCGACUUUAAGAAGGGCACCAACGUCAUCCCUCAAAAUCAGGAUGCCCAACAAGGGCCUUCCCAUGAUGCUGGUCAAACGGAUCUUCGAAAUGAUUAUUUCUCGACAAAAGAUGGAAAAAUGUUAGCAUCAUACUAUGGCUUUCUUGAUAACUACGCCAACAAUCCGCGACCGGGGGCUCCGUAUAUCCACGCUCCAUAUAGACGGCGUUUUCACCCCCCACCUGCAUUCCCUGCUCUGGCGUCCCCGCCUCUGAUGCCUGACAUAGGAACCGGCCGGCAAGGCCGAUGGGAUGCAUCACAACGUUCUAUCACCCGACAAAACAUGACCCAUGCUGGUGGGUAUUCCGUAACACCACGAACACCUCGGUUUGUUACCACAGCUGCAGCUGGAGCGCACAACUCGCCACUCCCUUCAGUCCUUCUAGAUCCACACCACCAACCAUCGGCGUCUGGCUUCCGUUCCUUCAACCGAAACGUUGCACAGUCCAGGUACCGCCCAUCGCGCCAGACGCAUCCCAUAAAUGAUACAAUUCGAGAUGAAGAUGAACCAUCGACUACUAGUCAGAUAAUCCCGCACCUUAACAAACAGCCCUCUCAUAUUACAACGGAAUCUAGCGGUGCUGAUGAUAGCCGUAUGGAAGAGUCAUGGCGGAUGAAUCUCGCUGAUGGUGACGGUGAAACUGAUGAAGAAGCUGAGAAUGUCCAAGAUGUAAUUGGAGGCGCGGGCGUUCUUGGGUUGAUUCAUCAGUUCCAGAAAGUCAGCAAUGACGGACGCAGUGGCGGUGGAGUCGGCAUUUGA